AAAAGGUGAGCUAGCUGGCUCUAUUUACCACCGUGCCACCCGUGACAGCACACGGGACGUGCUUUUGUGAUUUAUUCCCAGGCUUUGACGAAUGUAAUGGAAAGCGAACAACAAACUACUGAGAGAGACACGCCGCCUCAGCACUGGAGAAGUUGCAAGUUGAUUAUUGACCCCGCGUUGACGAAAGGCCUGUACAAAGUGUACCGUUAUGAUGGACAGCACUUCAACAUACCCGUGGAGGACUUAGGUCUGUUUCCUGUGGAGACGCUCAGAGAUCCGCGCGUCAGCCGCCUGUGGAGCAAAUGCAGCGAGACGCAGCUUUCCAUUGCUAAAUUCAAGUUGGAUGAAUGGUAUGUUGGUCCUGUUCCUCCCAAAGAAGUGACGUUUUCCAGGUUGAAUGACAAUGUGAGGGAGACCUUCUUGACUAAUAUGUGCAAUAAACAUGGGAACGUUGAAGACGUGGAGAUUUUUUACAAUCCCAAGAACAAGAAGCAUUUAGGGAUCGCAAAGGUCGUCUUCGACUCCGUGCGAGCUGCAAAGGACGCAGUGCAGCACCUGCAUCAGACGUCCGUGAUGGGAAAUGUUAUUCACGUGGAAAUUGAUCCUAAGGGAGAAAACCGAGCGCGGUAUCUCCAGCUCCUCUUGCGUGGCCUUUAUACUCCUUGGACGCUGCCGGUGGUCGGCAAUGAGCGAGGCAUUCACAGCUUAAUCGACACUUUGCUGGGCAGCGCAGCCACACAGCGACGUGGGAGCAUCUCGAGCCCCUACAGCGUCGCCACACCCCUCUCUCUGGACACGGCCUAUUCCAGUAUUUGGCAGGAUACACCUUGCAGCUCGGGGCUUACGCCGCGUUCUCAGGGAACCCCCCGAACUCCUUGCUUGUCUGUAACCCCGCUCUCUCAGGACUCUUGCUACUCCAGUCUUCAGGCAACUCCCGUUCUCCAGGGGGAGUCGGUCCACAAGCCUUCAAGACGUGAGCUCUGCCAUCGUAAAUCUGCCAGGUUUCCCAGGGGAUCCGGUGAAGUCUCAGAUUUCAACUUUAUUUUGAAACAUUGUCAGCCACAAGCCCCGCCCCCUUUCUCUGCCCAAACACAAACUAAGCAACUUGCUCUGUGGGAUCACAAUGCACAGUCCUCUUCUCACAAUAACGGAGAAGCUUCCUUUAACCCCGCCUCCCCCUGUCCGGAGUCCAGCGACGUGGUCGGCACCACACCUCAGGCCUCGCAUCAAACCGGCAGUCCUCUUCGCGUCGUGAGCAUUCAUUUUACGAUUGACCGGCAGACGGCAGCAUCCUCCCCACCCGGUGGCCAUGCAUGCAUAACCCACUUAUCUCCAUCUGCCGGUAACUGUUCCUCCAGUAGCCCCCAGCCGGAGGUGGAGAGUUUGGACUCCCGAAUUGAGAGUUUGCUGAUCAACAGCCGGAUGUCUGAGCCUUCAUACUUUGAUAGAAAGACUUAUGACACCGAUGUGCACUCUCAGGACAGCCCGACCUCACCUUGCUCCGCCAACACCCCCCCUCCCUCGGAGGACUCACAGGUUGGCACUCUGAACUCCAACGAUCCGCUGGGCGUCAGUUCAACAUCGCUCAUUGAAAAUGAAGAGGACGAAACCACUCGAGCGGUUUUGUUUUUAACAAGAAACUCAGAGUCUCCGUCUGAUCUCACGCAUUUUGAAAGGAGCGCUGAUGCAAACCACGAAAAAGAGGAAGAAAGGUUACGGUCAUUCUCAUGUCCACAGGACCACCAUGCGGCAAACGAGACUUUGACGACUACAAAACAGAUUUCCUCUCUUCCUCCGCCGCUGUUGUUUUCUCUCAACAGCGCCACUCAAGUCGAUACCUCCAGACCUCCACCUUCCAUUAAAUCCGGGUGCUUCCGUCCCCCUCCAACCCUUUUCCCUUUCCCCAUUCCUCCCUUCCCCCGAACUAUUCCACCCGUCCCACCUCGGCUGCCGAAUGGCACCAUCCCCAUCCCACCUCCUGGUUGGAUCCCACCCCCGGGUCAUCAUAUUGGGAUCCCCAUUCCUCCUCCACCUUUUCCGGCUCCUUCUUCUAUUCCUGCCCCACCAACCUACCUCGGGCCCCCUCCAGCUUUGAGGCCGCUGACUUCUGUUCCACCCCCUGUGCACAGUGCACGCUUACCAUUCCCUGUACCCCCCUGGCCGGCUCCACAUUUCCCCAGGUUUAACCCCUUUGUGCCACCACCAGAUUUCCCACUUGUGCGCGAAAACCCUCAUAAAGUCACCAUAGAUAAAGUUUUAGAAGACAUCAUGGAUGAACUGAGGUCAAUCGUUAAGAAGGACAUGACCCGUAGAAUGAUUGAAGGCAUCGCUUUCAAGGCAUUUGAGGACUGGUGGGACUGCCAAGAAAAAAGAACCAAGAUAAAAGUGCCUCCUUUGAAAAGUGGAGCAGCAAGUGUUGAAGAGAGGAUCAAACGAAUAAAUCCCCCCAGUCUCGUCACUGGCCGGGGCAAAAAACCUCCACUGCCCUCCUUCAAGGUAAAAAGGAAAAGAGCCGAUGAUUCUGCGAUCACAGAAGAGACAGAAAAUAGUUUGUGUUCUUCCCACGAAAGCUCAGAAGUCAAACGGGGGGAUGACAAAGUGAAAGCUGCAUCUGAGAGAGCCAAACGCAGACACGCAAGACCACAUGAGCUCGAGAGCGAUAAUGAUGAUGAAAGGAAAGACCAAGAUAAGGAUCCUCGAGACGAAGAAACGACAGCAGACACGGGGAAGGCUGUUGUGCCAGUUGAUGAUGAUCCUCAAAAUAUGGAUGACGAUGGCGAUGAUGACGGAAAUAACCCUCAGGAAGAAAUGGAGUUGGCACAAAACCACACAGAAGAUAAAGAUGCUGUCAUCUCCCAAACUGGUGAUGGAGUGCAGUGCUUAGGUAGCGAUGCUUUUUCCGAGAGCAGCUCCUCGGAGGACAGCGAGCACUCAUCCGAAUUCGACUCCUCUGACUCGUUCUCAGAGAGCUUCGAGGACUCUUCCGACUCCGACCUCAGUCCGGAAGAUGAAGAGACGGAGGAGGAGGAGGCCGACCCCUCUGCUGUGUGUAUUGUCAUAUCGUCAGACGAGGAGCCGAUGGAACUUGAGCCCCCAGUCACCCCCUCAGCCCCGUUUACCCCUGGCGCUCAGCUGGAGCUGGGCCGUCAGGACUGGUCGGAUCCAGAUCAUAAUGAGGAGACUGAGGAGAACCUCGACAGAUCCUAUCAACGGGACCCCUUUGACUUGGAUGUUCUGAUGGAUCUCCAAACCAGCGGACCUCAGGACCGUCUGCGGACCCCGUCGCCUACUGGAUGUCCAGUGAUGCUACACCUCGAUGUGGAGAUGGAAAGCCCGGGCUGGACGGAAGAGUUGUUUGGGAACAUAGAAAACUUGAGGCCUCUUACUCCUACCGGCUGCGUACUGGACAGUGACCCUGACCUUCUGAUGAGAAGCAAACCCACAUCCCCAGCCGAGGAGGAGGUGGAACGACCACAAACACCGGGCAAAGGGAUAGUGACUGAACUGGGAAGCGAGGACUCUGGCGAUGAAGCCUUCUCCCUCUCUCCAACAGGCACCGAGCUCAAUCUGGCUCUCUCUGACGUCCGGCCCUCGUAUCCAUCGUACCGGGAUACGCCCAAAACUCCAGGCAGAGAAGAUGGACGUGGCCGCUCACGGCAGACCUCUGGCAGAGCUCCAGCAACACCGGGCAGAGGGACGGCCACGGCUAUGCUCCCGACCCGCCGCAGUCCGCCUCCCGAGCCAUACAUGUCUAGCAAUCCGUAUGUCACGGCCCCAAAGACUCCUGGAAAAGACAUCGUCCUGCCCCGCAGGGCCCUGGUCCGCGGGAGGAGAACGCAAAGGGUGACGACCUUGGCGCCCCCGUCGUAUGGCCCUCCCGGAUUCUCUCCCGUCACAGUGGCCUCUCCAUGCAGCCUCCCCGAGUCUUCGUCGGACUCCGCUGAUGAAAAGGAUGCGCGGACCCACCCGGGUGUGAAAAAGAAGCCCCUGCAGGGACUGGAGAACGUGCCCCGGCGCCUGGAUGAGGAGAACAGUCGAGAGAGAGAGAGACGGUCAUCAAGGAGAAAGCGAUGGAGGAGGCUUAAGAGGAGGUGGAAAAUCCGUCAUCGGCAGAGAUCACUCAGCAGAAUCGACGGCAGGCGUCUUCACAGGUGGCGUUCACCGUGUGAGGAGAGGAGGAUACUUCACAGUGUUUGGAGGGAGGGCCUGGAUGAGGAAGAUGAAAGGCUGCUGCGGUCUACAUAUGAAAGGCUGCAAGCGCGGGAUAAUGGCUUCGGGUGGAUCAGUGACACCCUGUGGAUAACUCACCCUCUGACAAAAGUCUUCACAGAAAUGAGCGAGGAGCAUGAAUCCUGGAAGCCAAAACACACGACCGGCUCUGCUCGCAGCGACGGGUUCUACAAAAUUAGCAGGAAAGAUAAAAUGAAAUACCUCCACGCAAAGCUGGCCUCUGAGCCUCCAGCUCCAAGUACUCAGGGGAUGUGCGUCCCAGCUCGGCAACCGAUCUCACUGCGUGCAGGGUCUGACUUCAGGUCGGAACAGCGUCGCCUGCUGUCCACUUUCAGCUGUGAUAGUGACCUGGUCAAGUUUAACCAACUGAAGUUCCGAAAGAAGAGGAUUCGUUUCAGCCGGAGUCAUAUUCACGAGUGGGGCCUGUUUGCAAUGGAGCCAAUAGCAGCAGAUGAGAUGGUGAUUGAGUAUGUGGGCCAAAUCAUCAGACAGGGCAUCGCUGACAUGAGGGAGCAGAGGUACGAGGAGGAGGGCAUUGGAAGCAGCUAUUUGUUCCGGGUGGAUCAGGACACCAUCAUAGACGCUACUAAAUAUGGGAACCUAGCCAGGUUUAUCAACCACAGCUGCAACCCCAACUGUUAUGCAAAGAUCAUCACUGUGGAUUCUGAGAAGAAGAUAGUGAUAUACUCCCGACAGCCGAUACGCAUCAAUGAAGAAAUCACAUAUGAUUACAAGUUUCCCAUUGAGGAAACAAAGAUUCCCUGUUUGUGUGAAGCGGAUAGCUGUCGUGGAUCCUUGAACUGA